GACAGGUUGCACCUCUGAACGUAAAAGAUGGCAGACAUCUCUGGGAAUGACAAGCCAUUUGUUUUAGCAUCAUUAGCCGAUGAUGAGAAAGGCAUCCCUUAUUAUGGAGUGGACAUUUUAAAGAAGCACCUCAAUGUAGUGUGGUUUGAGGAUUUUCUCAAGAACAAGGAAAAGUAUUCCCAGCUCAUCCAAGGUGUCAUCCUAUGGGUCACGGCACCACAUUUGGAUGCUGCCUUGCUGGAUGGACUGCCCAACUUGAAGGUGAUCAGCAAUGUUGGAGCAGGAGUAAACUUCCUGGACCUGGACAUGCUAGCUUCCCGAGGACUGAAGGUGUGCAACACUCCACGCAUCCUCAACGAAACCACUGCAGACAUGGGCAUGACACUGCUGCUGGCAUCUGCCAGGAGGCUGCUGGAAGGGGACCAGAUAGUGAGGAAUCCUAUUAAGUGGCAGAUCAACUUCUGUGGUCGACAGGUGUCAGGAGCCACCCUUGGGAUUGUGGGUAUGGGAGGUAUUGGCUAUGCCCUAGCCCAGAGAGCCCAUGCCUUCAAGAUGAACAUAUUCUACCACAAUAGGAACAAAAGACCACAGGCUGAAGAGGAAGCAGUGGGUGCCCAGUACUGUGCCACGCUGGAGGAGCUCUUGCCAAAGUGUGAUUUUGUCAUCAUAGUGACUCCACUAACAGCUGAAACAAAAGGAAUGUUUGGCAAAAAGCAGUUUGAGCUGAUGAAGCCAUCUGCUACCAUCAUUAACAUUGCAAGGGGUGGCAUCAUUGACACAGGUUCACUGUUGGAGGCACUGGAGAAGAAGACCAUCGCUGCAGCAGCCCUGGACGUGACUGACCCAGAGCCCCUGCCUGAAGACCACCCCCUGCUCAAGCUGCAGAAUGUGACCUUCACGGCACACCUGGGCAGUGCUACAGUAGAGACCAGGAGCAACAUGAUGGCACUGGCUGUACAGAACCUGCUGGAUGCCCUCAGUGGCAAACCUCUGGUCAAUCAAGUCAUCUAAGUGUGCCUUGUCAGCUGUUAUGUUGGUUUAUGAUCUGUCAUUGUCAAAAGAUAUUGUCAUCAAAACUAGUCGAAUGAGUUUGAAUAGAAUACCCCUUUGUUAAUCCAUUUCUCCUUUAUUUCUUUGGCAUUUUGCCACAAGUGAUAUGGAGUAGUCUAGUGCAAUAUUCCUUAAUUGCAUGUGCAUAUAUAUAUAUAUGAAAUCAUAAUCAAUAAUAGAAAAUUUUGGUGUUGCUGAAUGGUAGAAGAAAACUCUCUCAUAUAUUGUGGAAAUAUAUUGUGAAAAUCAUGAGAUUUUGAUAAUUCAUGUUAUCUUGAAAUAGUGCUAAAUGUACAUGUGAAAUUCACUUACAAGGUCUAUCAUGACCCAAAAAGUUACAGGUAAAUUAUAAUGGAAGCCAGCUGCAAUAAAGUACUGGCAACAAUGUAUGAAUAUGGAUUUUUUAUUGUAUCAAACAUUUUACAGUAUUUUGACAAUCUUGUUUGUUCUGCACAUGGGUGUAUCCAUACAGUGCAAUAACUAAAGUACAUUUGUACAUGGAUAUGCACGUGUAAAAGUUAUUGACGUAACUGUCUGUGGCAUAAAAUAAACAGAUACUGUCAAAUUUGAUUGAA